CAGGCUCCCCCCUCACCUCCAUUCUCUCAACUACCUCUCCUCCACCACAGCCAGCACUCACCAAUCAUGAAGGUUCUCGCCGUCCUUUACAAGGGUCUCGAGGCUGCGCGCCAGGAGCCGCGUCUCCUCGGUACUGUUGAGAACCAGCUCGGUAUCAGCAGCUGGCUCAAGUCACAGGGCCACGAGUUCAUCGUGACCGACGACAAGGAGGGGCCCAACAGCGUCUUCCAGAAGAACCUGAAGGACGCGGAGGUCGUUAUCACCACCCCAUUCCAUCCUGGAUACCUCACGCGCGACCUCAUUGAGCAGGCGAAGAACCUCAAGCUCUGUGUCACCGCUGGCGUGGGCUCCGACCACAUUGACCUUGAUGCCGCAGUCGACCACAAGAUCCAGGUGCUCGAGGUCACCGGGUCGAACGUCACCUCAGUCGCUGAGCACGCCGUGAUGUCCAUUCUCGCGCUCGUGCGCAACUUCGUGCCAGCGCAUGAGAUGAUUGAGCGCGGGGACUGGAAUGUGUCAGAGGUGGCGCGCAACGCGUUCGACCUCGAGAACAAGGUCGUCGGGACGCUCGGCGCGGGUCGCAUCGGCCACCGCAUCUUGCAGCGCCUCAAGCCCUUCGGGUGCAAGGAGCUGCUGUACUAUGACUACAACCCGCUGCCUGCUGAAGCGAACAAGGAUUUGGGCGCCCGCCGUGUCGAGGACCUGAAGGAGUUCGUCUCCCAGCUUGACGUCCUCACCGUCAACGCCCCGCUGCACCCCGGCACGAAGGGUCUCAUCAACCGCGACCUCCUCCAGCACUUCAAGACCGGCGCGUGGAUCGUCAACACCGCGCGCGGCGCCAUCUGCGACAAGGACGCCAUCGCGGAGGCGCUCAAGUCGGGCAAGAUCAACGGGUACUCGGGCGACGUGUGGAACGUGCAGCCCGCGCCCAAGGACCACAUCUGGCGGACGAUGAAGAACCCGCUGGGUGGGGGGAACGGGAUGGUCCCGCACUACUCGGGCACGACGCUGGACGCGCAGAAGCGCUAUGCGGACGGGACGCGCCAGAUCUUGCAGAACUACUUUGAGGGCAAGCCGCAGGAUCCGGCGAACAUCAUCGUCGGGACGGGCAAAUACGAGACGAAGUCUUACGGUCAGCGCUAGGUAGUAGUCUGCCACCCUGUACUAUUAGCAUUGCGGAAUCUGUACCAUUAGCUUUGCAACACAUCUACUUUUUCGUUGACA